GCGAAGACUGCGACUCUCGACGCAGCGCAGCGCACGCAGAAGGUGCCCUCCAUGGCGUCCGACUGCUUCCCGUUCCACCAGGAGUUGGAGAUUUGGAUGGGUGAAGUGUCCGCCAUUAUGUUGCAGGUGCAGGCGGGCAGUGCGAUGGACUCGUUUGUCAAGGGCCUCGCCGCUGUACACGACAACGCGACCGACGAGACCAUCCAGGCGCUGGGCAAGCUUGCCGAGGAUUCGCGAGGCGUCAAGAUCGAGAAGGAGGACCACGUGAAGCAGUUCAAGUCCGCCGUGGACGCGGCAGUCGUGGACAACAUCGAGAUGUUGGACAAGAUCCUCAACGUCGGCCCAGGCGACGACAAUUACUUGAUCACCGCCGGCGCUGUUCGGAAAUGCCUGCAUAGCUUGGUCCUUGCCGUUGACCACUUCGAGAAGAUGCCGAAGACUGAGGACGGCUGGACGGUGCCGCCUAAUGACAUCAUGCCUGCGCUCGAGCUGUACCGCUACACGAAGCAGCUUAAGCAAGACUUCGCAGCCCUCGGUGACCACCCGACCCCUCAGAGUGCAACAACAGUAGACCUAUUCGUGAACAACGUCGUCCACGCCACUGGAGCGGUGCUGACGGCCUCCAUCGAGACCAUGCGCACCACGGACCUCAGAUGCAUUGAAGAUCACCGUGCCUGCGUCGACACGUGGAAGGGCGGCGUCGAGAACGGCCGCUGGGACGAGGGCUUGGCCAAGCAGGACUGGGCCUCCGUGAAGAAGCAGCUGGGGGCCGCGAUCGGCAAUAUGCCAGACCCCAAGAAGCUCUACAGCGACGUCGAGAUU